AAUUCAGAUCUAUUAUCAAUAUUUAGAAAUAAACAUUUUCGAUUUGUUUGACUCGGGUUCCAUAAUCAAUAAAUUUUUAACCCAUUUCGCGGAAAAUUUAGUUGAAAUGAAAUAUGGAAAGUGCUGAAAAUGACGAUGAUUUUGAUCUUUCGUCUCUUGUGGAAAAAACAUGUAAUUUAAACGUACCAAUUGGUCACAUUAUCGUUUCGCAAAAAUGGAGGAACUCUGAACUACACCAAAGGUUAAAAAGUGAUGUACUGGUUUUAUUUGAGGAUAAUUUGGGAAUGGUGGACUUCUAUCCCUCGAGUAGACUUGGUGUGGUUUACAUCACUGAGCCAGACCUACUGACAUUCUCAGGACAUAAGAAAAAGCUGGCUAAGCUCAGAAAGGCUAACAGAGUUCAGGUCAUUGUGUUGGCAGAGAAGACGUCCACUAGUGGUCAGUAUUAUCCUGAGGUACAGAAAUUCUGUCUGAUGGAUUUGGGCUUUACCAUUAUCCCUGUUCCCGGUCAGAAUGAGGCGGCCUCCAUACUUGCUCAAAUGGUUGUCAGUGAAAAUCAAAUGACUGCCAAUCCAUUUCUGAGGAAGAAAAUCUGUCAUGUUGAUGAAGCACUUCUGGUAACCAUUAAGUCCAUUCCAGGACUAGGUGGCAUCAAAGCUCGAGCACUGCUGGAAAAGUUUGGAAGUAUUGAAAAUCUAUGCAGAGCAUCCAGUCAGGAACUGUCAGUGGUUAUAGGCAAAGUUGGUGCUGAGCAUGUAAAGAAUUUUUUUGACAAGUGAUGGUAAAAUUGUCUUAUAUGUACAGUGCCUCUACUUGUUUCUUUGAAUGUACAAUAAUAUACAUGUUGAGAUCUGCAAGCAAAAGGAUGAAUGAAAUCAUGUGGUUUCUUGUACACAACAACAGUCUGUCCACAUUUUAAGGAGGACAUGUACAUAAAAGGACUUGGAUUGGUCAAAAUUGUGUAACAGUGAAAUACUUCUCAACCAUCGACGCCUGAUGUAAUGAAUUAUUUCUGUGCUAUGUUGCUGUAGUCUAUGCCAUGGUCCAAGCACCAUGCAAGAUAUGAUGAGGAACAGCAAAUUCUGUGAAUCUGUAUCUGAAGACGAUAUCGAUAUUAAAUCAUUAAAUCUAUAA